UACAGCAAUAAGAACUCGUUUUAGUCGUCAAUUUUUGCUGUCGCUUGUUGGAGGCGUGUGCAUCAAGUGUCGUAGGUUUAGCAAUAAUAAUGUUGUUUUCCUUAAUAAUUUGUACUGCGAUAGUGGCAUCUAUUCGAGCAGACGUGUAUUUCGAAGAAAAAUUCACAGACAACAGUUGGGAGAAAAACUGGGUAUAUUCCGAGCACCCAGGUAAAGAAUUUGGCAAAUUUGUGUGGACUGCCGGCAAAUUCUACAAUGACCCGGAAAAUGACAAAGGAAUCCAGACGUCCCAGGAUGCAAGAUUUUAUGCUCUGUCAAGAAAGUUUAAACCGUUCAGUAAUAAAGAUAAGCCCCUCGUAGUUCAGUUCACGGUGAAACAUGAACAGAGUAUCGACUGUGGGGGUGGCUACAUCAAAGUAUUUGAUUGCAGUUUAGAUCAAAAGGACAUGCACGGAGAGACGCCGUAUUUACUUAUGUUCGGACCCGACAUUUGCGGACCUGGCACCAAGAAAGUCCACGUCAUCUUCAACCACAAGGGCAAGAACUUGCUGAUAAACAAGGAUGUGCGUUGCAAAGACGAUGUCUACACGCACUUGUACACUCUCAUCGUGAAGCCGGACAACACAUACGAGGUGCUGAUAGACAACUCCAAGGUGGAGUCCGGGGAGCUGGAGGCGGACUGGGACUUCCUGCCGCCCAAGAAGAUCAAGGACCCGAGUGCCAAGAAGCCAGAGGACUGGGACGACCGCGCCACCAUCGAUGACCCCGACGACAAGAAGCCCGAGGACUGGGACAAGCCGGAGCACAUCCCUGACCCAGACGCCACCAAGCCGGAGGACUGGGACGACGAGAUGGACGGCGAGUGGGAGCCGCCCAUGAUCGACAACCCCGACUUCAAGGGCGAGUGGAAGCCCAAGCAGAUAGACAAUCCCAACUACAAGGGAGCAUGGGUGCACCCGGAAAUCGACAACCCGGAGUAUGCGCCGGAGCCGGAGCUCUACAAGAAGGACGAGAUCUGCGCUGUUGGCUUUGACCUGUGGCAGGUCAAGUCCGGGACCAUCUUCGACAACGUCCUCAUCACGGACGAUCCGGAGUACGCCAAGAAGUUUGGGGAGGAUGUCUGGAAGAAAACUUUAGAGGGCGAGAAAAAAAUGAAGGAUGAACAGGAUGAGGAGGAGAAAAAGAAGCGCGAUGCGGAAGCAAAGUCGUCGUCGAAGGAUGAUGAUGACGAAGACGAGGACGAAGACGAUGCAGCGGAGGCAGGGGACACGCCGGAGACUGGAGAAGAGGAGGAUCAUGAUGAUCACGAUGAACUCUGAGUCACGUCUGUGAGAAGUGCAGAGACAAUUUUGUGUGGUGUGUCAUGAGGAGCUGACUGAAGAUUUUUUUUAUCAGGACAUUUUUUUUUUCAAACCAAGAUGAUACAAACAAUUGCUGCUUCUGAAAUUCAUCUCUGUAUAUUUCCCAAAUAGGCAUAGGUUUUCAAGUUAUAGAAUCACUUUGUGGUUUUUGAUGUAGAUUUUGGUAGAUUUUGUGAACUGCUUGUGAGUGUUAACAUUUUGGUUGUACAAAAAUUUGUCGGUUAAAAAGUGUUCUUCCAUUUUUUAAGCAUGUGGUGGAAUCGUCUUGUUUUAAUCUGUGUUUGUUUCUGUCUGGAUAGUUUUUUUCUCUUCAUAUUGCAUUGCCACAAAUAGCAUUUACUUGUCCACAAUGAUUGUGGGAAUAAUGUAUGUCUGUCGAGAGAACGAAGUGAUGUUGGGAAAAAGGUGUGUCAUAAGUGAUUCUGUUAUUUCGUGACUUAAAUGUUUGAAAUUAAAUGGCAGCAGAAGUAGUUUCAAUUGAAUUUUUUUAUUGCGAGUAAACAAAACUUAAAACUAUUUUAGUUUUGCUGAUGGUUUUGCCAGUGAGUUAGGUACUGCACAUUGGUGUUAAUUAUUUUUGUUUUGUUGUGUGAAAGAGCAUUCACUGUGUAUGCGAGCUUUUAUGUGCAUUGUGUGUUCCUAGGAAAUGUCAAAAAUAGAUUAUUUAUGAUUGUGGACAAAAAAAUAAUGAAUGGUGCGGUAAUCAACAUUCAACAUGUGAUUUUAUUUACAAAUUUUUUAUGCGAGAAAAUAUGUUUGGGUUAAGUAUGUUGUCAUUAAAUUUUAUUACCAGAAGAA